AUGAGGAACAUUGUGGUACUGGGCGGAAGCUCUCACCCGCAGCUCACCGAGACUAUCUGCAACCACCUCGGCAUACCCAAGGCCAAGGUGCUUCUUGACAAGUUCAAGGGCGGCGAGACGCGUGUUGAGAUUGAGGAGAGUGUCCGAGGAAAGGAUGUCUUCAUCAUCCAGUCUGGCGGCGGUAAAGUCAACGACCAUUUGAUGGAACUUCUCAUUACCAUCUCCGCCUGCCGAACCGCCUCUGCGAAGCGCAUCACCGCCGUCCUCCCGCUCUUCCCUUACUCGCGACAGUCGGACAUUCCAUACAACAAGACUGGCGCACCCCUCUCCAAGAUACCGGGCUCGCGCUCCAGGACCGGCACAUACACGUUUGAUUCGCGACCCCAGACGCCCUUUCCAGGACAGGCUGAAAGCGCAGGCCUGACAAACGGCGCAGGAGCGCUGCACCACCAGCUCAGUAGAAUGAAGCUGGAUGAGCGCAACGGCGGCCGUACGAAUGGGGACGCUACGAGCCCGGUCAAGCAAAAUGGCAUCAAGCGCACCGAGACGGUUGACUCGAGCAAGUCGGACAAAUCCGACAAGUCUACUUACUUCACCGGCGAGCAUGGAGCCAAUGGCACGGCUGCCCCAACACCAGGUAUCACACGCGCACCCACAACCACCAAGCCUCCCGCCUUCGAGCCCCAGGUCGGAUACCGCCAAUGGGUCGCUCAGGCUGGUACCCUGAUUGCGGACCUUUUGACUUGCGCUGGCGCCGACCACGUUAUUACUAUGGAUCUUCACGACCCCCAGUACCAGGGCUUCUUCGAUAUUCCUGUAGACAAUCUCUACGGUCGUCACCUCCUCCGCAAAUACAUCCAGUUCAACAUUCCCAACUACCAACAAGCCGUUGUAGUCUCACCCGAUGCUGGAGGCGCGAAGCGCGCGACCGCCAUUGCCGAUGCCCUCGGCAUGCCCUUUGCCCUCAUUCACAAGGAGCGCCGCCCCACACAAAUCAACGACCGGCAAAAUGCCACCAUGAUGUUGGUUGGAGACGUCCGUGAACGCACAACUAUCCUGGUCGACGACUUGGCGGAUACGUCCAACACCAUUACCCGUGCAGCAAAGCUGUUGAAGAAGGAGGGUGCUACGCAGGUGAUUGCGCUCAUUACCCACGGUAUCCUGAGUGGAGAUGCUAUCGAGCGCAUCAACGCUAGUGCAUUGGACAAGGUCAUUGUGACCAACACGGUGCCUCAGGAGGACCACAAGAGCAGGUGCCCCAAGUUGGAGGUCCUCGAGGUUGGCAAUGUGUUUGCUGAGGCCAUUCGACGCGUCCACCACGGCGAGAGCAUCAGCGUCCUUUUCGAUUACAGUUAG